AUGACGAUUUCCACACUGCGGUCGGCUACGUUCCGUCCUGGCGAAGCUAUUAUCCGUGAAGGUCACGCUGGCGCACACAACGUGUACUUGCUCUUGGAUGGCGAGGUUGAGGUUUCUUGUAAGAACCCGAUCAAAAAGUCCAUGCCGUCGGAUGAGGCAGGCGAAGGCGCCCCGAUUACCAGUUCGUCGGCAUUCGAGCAGUCUGAAGGAUUUGCUGGACUAGUGUCACGUCCCUCACAUCCGUCGUGGCCGGGGUUUAUUCAAACUCGACCUACCACUUCUGGACUUGAGGAGAUGAAGUUGAGGCGGUUGCCCAAGGGAACUUUUUUCGGUGAGAUCGAGCUGGUCCGCCCUGAUGGACGCUUUCUGCCGCGUAUCGCCACCUACCGCUGUGCUGAAGAGAGCAACACGCCAUGCAAAGUUCUGCAGCUUGUGGCGGACGACUACCUGAACUUGAAGGGGACGUACGAGUCGAUCAACGAUCGCCUCGAGAAAACUGCGCACCGCCAUAUUAGGCAACAUCUUAUCAAGUGCGUGGAGGCAGCCAAGGGUUCUGUGAAGAUGCGCACGUUUGACACCGGCGAUUUUAUUUACAAGGAAGGUGAGCCUUGCGAUUCGGUCUUCAUCCUUCUGGACGGACAGGUCGAAGUGCUGAAAGCGAACGAAGGGGUCGUUGUGGAGGAGCUGCACCCGGGUGACUACUUCCCGCUGGGGGUAUCAGGGCAAACCCGAGCCUGCAAGAUUGUUACUCGUCACUCAAGUGUGCGGUGUACGCAGCCUGCGAAGGUGGUGGAGAUUGGUGGCGAAACCUUUCGCAGCUUCUUGAGCAGCAACAAGUUCUUGGCUGCAUACUUCCGCGAGGAGGUGAUGACGCGAGAGCAGCAGCGCCUUGAUCGUCUUAUGACAGCUUAG